AUGGCCACAUGCAUGGUUCUCUUCCCUGAGGGCCGGGAUGAAUCGGACUUAAGUCCAUCCAAGAAGAGGCUUCAUGCAGAUGCAGUACGAGUAGGAGCGUUGCAAUCACAUGAUGCUGUCGUUGGCCUUGCAGCUAGCAGAAAAAGUCGUCGAAUUCGGCCAAAGAAGGUGCAGCACAUGCCAGAACAAGACAAAAUAAAAUAUUACUCACCCGCCACUAGUUAUGAUGAAGAUACCGGUGCGUUCUUUGUUUUCUUCUUUCCCGUCCGUAGACUCGCGAGACACACUUCACGGCGACGGACCCUGCCCGGCGGCGCGCCGGAGCGCCGGAGCGGCCUCCUCGCUGGAGUGGCCUCCGACUCCCUAGUCACUCCUCCGACUCGCUCCUCCAGUCGCGACGCGGCCCGCGUGACGAGCUCCUCCGGUCGUGCCGACGAGCAGCCUCCAGUCGCGUGGUCCCGACGUGCUCCUCCGCGGCGGUGGGCGCACCAGCAGCGCGAGUACCCCAGGCUCCAGGCCGCGAUGGCGCAUCUCCAGGCGGACGCACUCCAGGCCGGGCGAGCCCCCUCCCCUGCUGCGGCACAUCUCCAGGCGAGCCCCCUUCCGUGCGGCGGCGCAUCUCCGUGGCUUGCUCUGUUCCAUGGAGAACAUUAA